ACCGCGACGAUCCCCGGUGGCUGACCUGCCACAACGAUCCCCGGUGGCUGACCAGCCUCGACGAUCCUCGACGGCUGAGCAGCCGCAGAGAUCUUCGACGGCUGAGCAUCCUCGACGAUCCUCGGCGGCUGACCCGGCGCAGCGAUCCCCAAUGGCUGAGCAGCCUCGGCGAUCUUUGACGGCUGAGCAGCCUCGGCAAUCUCAAACAGCUGAGCAGCCUCGACAAUCUUCGGUGACCCGAAGAAGACGGUCUCGGUCGAGCUCAAGUUCUAGCUCGAGUUCGAGCUCGAGUUCGAGCUCUAGUUCGAGCUCUAGUUCGAGCUCCAGCUCUAGCGGAACAUCAUCUAGUAGCGCAUCAUGUACAUCUGUUAAAAGUAUACGCGAUCUCAAGCCGAUUCCUAAGAUCGCGUCCUCGAAUAUGAAGAGAAAAGUAAAUGAUCAAAAAGGCAACGAGCAGAAGAAGAAAAAGGCAGGAGAGAGAGAGACGUCACCAAAACCAGGAACAUCUACAAUGACUUCAGGUAAAAAAUGCUUUAACUAUAAAUUAGUUUUAUUUUGUAUACAAUAAAUUUAUUUUUUGUUUGCUUUAAUUUUUCAGAGGUUACGAGACCAGUACCGAGACGUGGUAUUUUGCUAUUGAAAAGGACUGAUAGUAAACAGCAGCAGCAACACCAGCAACA